AUGGCUCGCGACUCGCAAAUUGCGGCCGACAGAGGUGGUGGCGAUGGCGUCGAGUUCAAGCUCAACCUUCGACCUGGGGUCCUUUAUCGGACCUGGAGCCGUCCGGACCGCGGCUUGUUGGCCGAGAUAACGGAACCCCACAGAGAGAAAGGUCCCGGAUAG